CUUCUUGUAUAUGAUACUUGCCUGACCUUCGAUCAAGAGCUUCGCCUGAUAUGGAGCCAGAAGACGUCUGCGGCAAUGUGGAUCUACGUCUCAAAUCGUUAUCUGGCGAUUGGGCAAUAUACCGUUAACUUGUUUAUGGCCAUUGGUGCCAACAAGGAGACGUGCUCGCUCAUUCCCGCGGCUAACCUAGUCUUCUCGGCUCUACGUGGAUAUGCGCUAUCGGGCAGGGGUUGGCACAUCACAAGUGUCAUCAUGGCGCUGUCUUUGGUGCCAGUCGUAACUUACGUCGUAAGUUGGUGUCUGAUCCUAUCAGAUAUUCUUGUAUUGUGCAUCACCUGGACGAAGACGUACGGAAUCGUACGACUAGCAAAGCAGAGUGGCCUCGAUUUGUCAUCUUCAUUGACCACGGUGAUGUUACGAGAUGGUACGUCUAGG